AACUUCUGGAUUACGUCCACGGACGUCAGAACAGUUGCUGAUAUUUGAAAAGCUAUUUAUGAGCCGUGAUAUAUGUCUUCUUGAUUUGCUAUUGUGAAUGGGAGACUAUCAACACAGACAUUUGUAUGAAAAUAUUUUGCUUUGUAACGUUUUUUUUAAAGUCUUGUAAUCAAGUAAAGGGAACAUAAUUUACCUGCACGUUCAAUUAUGUAUUCUCUGUAUAGAAGUGACUCAUUACUGUAAUACAAAGUUGCGGGAAUAAACCGAGAUCAUAAGUAGUGUUUGGUUUGAAAUUAGUCGUAUUAAAUUAUCGAUGCUUUUGCUUGUGCUUUUGUGCAGUGAAUGAUAAAAGAAUUGUCAAAUGUCAGUCAUAUAGUUGGUAUUAGUUAUAGACAAUAUAUCUGCGGCAAAGAGGACCUGAUUUGUUUUGUUGUAAAUUUGUUAAAGAGUGAUCAAGUUAUAAGUUACAGAUAAGUCAGUAUGAAUAUGAAAGGAGAGGAAGCAAUACUAAUUAAUAAGCCAUCUUGACGUGAAAGAAAUAAAACCCUAGCUUGUUAAACAGUGUUUUUGGCCAUAUUUUUUUCAAAGGAUUAUUAUAUACUGUUCGUUAUCACAGUAAAAAAUAUUGAUACAUACGACAUUACAUCAUGAUGCAACAACUAUACAAGACACUGCCAGAUGAUAGACCAAUUACGUCCAUAAAUGUCAUUGAAGAUCCAGAUAAAUGUCCCAGUGGGUUUAUUGUAGUUUCCCGAACGCUUGAUCAAGAUUCGGAUGCAGAUCUGUGGCGAGAAGCUUCCUUCUUUGUAAAGAAGAUGACACGUUAUAUCUGCCUAUCAAAGACUGAGGGUACAACAGAUUAUAUUGUGGAGUCUGUAGCUGUCAUUAAUGAGAAGGAAGUGCCACCUGAUGGAUAUGCACUUAUCACGCGUACUGCUGACACUGAUCAGAAAGCAUGGCGCAAACGGCAACUAUGCUACAGACUGGCAAGACGUAAUCAGGCUGCCAGUGCCAUAACAGAUAUUAUUGUUUUGGGAAGGUUGAAGAAGGCUCCAAAUGGAUUUUCUUUAGCAGGAGAAAUUAAUGGAAUGGCCGUGUGCUAUAAAUGUGGACCGACUUUAGCAUCUGUAAAUAAACCCAGUGCUACACAUCCCACCCAGCUGCUUUAUAGCUUGAGUCCAGCUCCUACCUACCUGCCACAUUCUCAACGUCCACAGCCUUACUCAGUUUCAUCAGUUGUGAACAAGGCCUCCACAAAUGGUGUAGCAGGAGGGGACUCUCAACAUGAAUAUGAACUGUUGGUCUCUCUCCGACCAUCACGACCAGCUCCAAGACCUCCUGGUGGUACUGUUGGAACAUACAACACAAUAGCAGCUUAUAGUGGUCUUGAUGGAGUACCUUUUAUGUUGAAUCCAUGUUUCCAAAAUCUUUCAAAUGGAUACACACAUCAGUUUCCUGUCAUUAAGUCUAAGACGAAAUAUGAAUUGGACAGAGAAUAUGAUUAUGAUUUUCGUGUAGAACGAGAUGCAGAGGAAACACAUGUAGACAACUGAAACUGUCUUAAUAACAAGGUCAGUUUAAAAUAAAAUAGAACCACAUGAUGAGUUUUGUGUGGCAACAGUCUCAAUGAAGAAAUAUGCUGAUGUUGACAGUGUCCAAGCUAAAUGAGACACCUGAGUUCCUGGAUUUUUGUUGUUGGUGUGGUAAUGUUUCAUCAGAUUCAAGUAGAGAAUCAUGAAAUUAAGAAUUUGGAUCAGUGGCAUUUUCUCUGUUUUUACUUCCUUAUACCCUAACAAUACUUGUUUUCAGAAAACUCCAAGAAGACCAAUUUUUAUUUUGUUUGUUAAAGGUACUGGUAAGCUUACAAUAAAAUAAAUCAUAAAAUAUAUAUGCUACUCCAGACAUGCCAGAAAAGGGAUGAUUUUACUGAAACAGAGCAGUAAGUUUUCAGUUACAAGUCGUAUUUCUUAUAACAUGAUCUUGGGGUGCAAAUGUGUAAACUAGAUGUAUGGUAACCCCAGAUUUGUUUGCACACAUAUUUCAGUGAAAACUGUAUUACAAGGCAUGUUCAGAUGCAGCCUGUUGAGUGAUUGUUCUGGGCAUUAGAGAUUAUUCAAAAUAGACCCCUUGGUUGCUGAGGGCGACAGCACAUUGACAUACCAGGUGAUGGUUCCUCACUGCAAAGAACUCCCUAGUCUGCUGCUGGGACUACUGCAUAGCUGUGGUCUUCAUGCUCUUUCCCAAUUACAUAUAUGGCCCUUUAGUGCUUUCUUUAGGGGCCAAACUCAUGGGAGUCACAUGGUGACAGGUUCACACUGUAUAGGACAUUGUUCAGUGCCUUUUAGUGCAUGGAGUGCAGUGUGCCCUGGAUAGUGUGGGCCACAUGGGGAGGGGUAUUGUCAUGCAUCACAGUGACACCCCUCGUGAGCAUGACAGGAUGCUUUCCUGUGGUGGUUUUUUCAGGGUCGUUGAACACCAGUAUCAGUGGUCUAUUCAUGUCAUUCUUGCACUUGGAAUGACAAUAUUUAACCAUCAUUACUAUUUGCUCUAACAUGCAUGUUCUGCUGCACAACUUCUUGUCAACUGCUGAUGUGUCAUGCUCACAGCCAUUGUGAUCACCUGCACUAGCAACACCUUGAAUGGGUUUCAUUAGAACAACCCUCAUAUAUAUUCAUAUGCUACAAAGGGUGCUAUUAUUAUGCAUAUAUUUUAUGUAUGUAUCUUAUCUUCUAUUUAUGCCUGUGCACAUGAUGACCUGCGUGACUUUUCUAUAAAUUUAAGAGCUGUCACUGAAACCUAGGACCUGGAAUAUAUACAGCGUGUCCCACAACGGGAUGUCCAUAGCUUAACUACGUGCUCUUCAGAUCAUUUUGAGUCAAAAAGUUCAAGUAAACAUGGGUCCGAUCUGCAACGGUUUGUCAAGAGAAUGCUCUGCACUCACUAUGCAUUGGCUGUGUUUGAGAAACUAGUUCACUAAACUGUGCACAUAGGCAAGACGGUAGUCAGUGCUCGAAGACUGCUUGACAUCUCGGUGCUACUCGUGUUCCUACAGGAAGAGCUGUCAUUGAUGUUGGAAGAUGUUCCUCUCCCAACCAGGCAAGAUAUGUGGCUGCAGCAAGAUGGCGCGCCUGCUCAUUUUGGUAGGCAGGUGACUGCAUUUCUGAAUCAACAGUUCCCAGACCGUUGGAUUGGCCAAGGUGGUCCAGUUGCUUAGCCAGCAAGAUCACCAGAUCUUUAACCUUAGGACUACUUUCUCUGGGGUCACAUGAAAUCCAUGGUGUAUGCCACCAAGUAAAAAGCAGGGCUGAGUUGCUGAAUCGAAUAAUGAACUCUGGUGCUAACACAAAAAAUUAUUGUGACUAUCUGAAGAGGGCUGUUCCUUGAAUUACAUGAAGGGCUCAACUGUGCAUGAACAAUCAGGGUGGCCAUUUAGAGUCAUGAAAAUAAUGGAAUUUAGAGUGUAACAACAACAACAACUUAACCUAAAAUUGAGUGGAAAUAAUGUAAAAGUUACAAUUGCAAUAAAAAUUUCUUUCUACUUUUCUUUACAAACUGUUGCAUAUUGGACCCAUGUUUAUUUGAACUUUUCAACUCAAAAUGAUCCCAAGAGCACGUAGUUAAGCUAUGGACAUCCUGUUGUGGGGCACACUGUAUUUCAGAAAUGGAAAUAACAUUUACACAAAUUUAUUUACCAUUGCUGAAGAUGCUACUACCUACAGGAUAGAAUUGGAACUUUUUGGCACAAAUUUGAAAAUAUUGCAUAAUAAUAUGCAAGAUAUAAAAGCAUCAUAAUAAUAUGCAGAAAAUUCUAGGUACUGUCAUGAAAAUGUUAGGUGUCAUGGUGACCUGGCACCUGGGAUUUGUGCUGUUUUGGUUUUAGUAGUUUGUUUUUACACAUGGAUGUGAAUUGACUAAGCUGUUGUAGGUACAAGUGAGAAGAAAUUUGGUCAACCGUUUUGCUCAUUUGGCCCAUAACAUUAUAUGUCUGAAGCCUUCAUUUUGUGAGUUUUGUAUUAAUACAUACUGUACAUUUUUUGUGCUUGAACAAAUCAUGCCUUUUACCUUGGAUACUUCAGUAUCAUUAAUAUAAAGUACUGGUUGUAUUUGUGUAUCUGAAAUAUUUGUAAUUAGAAAAUUCAGUACCAGUGUAAUUGGUUGAACAGAAUUUCCUAUCUUAAAUCUUGAAUUUAAAGCAGAAGACAUUCCUGCAUUGUGUUGAGAAUGAUGCAGCAUAUGAUGUGAAACUAAUGGUUUAUGAACUGCUAUUUUAAAAUUCAAAGUGAUUGUUGCAUUUGAAACAGGAGGCAGAUAUAUCGUCGUCAUCAUCAUCGUACUGGUCAGAUGUUAAUGUUGACUCUUACAUUCAUCAUAAGACAUGGGUAUUUUGUCAUAUAUGAACAUGUUUUUCCUGAGUUUCUGCUUGACUGUCAGUUGAUAAUCUGGUGUGAUAUUGUCAAAACUAAUUAUCCUACAGCUCUCCCUCCUCACUGUUAAGAUAUUUGGUAGAAUUCCUAUACAGAACAGCACAUUAAAAGAAAGAUGCAGACAAACAUCCAUGCCUUGAGUGGGAUUCAAACUCACGGUCUCACUGUCUGAAAGGUCAAGGUCCAUGCUCCAGACCACGUGGCCACUUUGACCUGCACAAUCAUUUCUACCAAUCCAUAAUUAGGAAUAUUCAUGAUAGAAAUAAACAAAUGGCUGUAAAGUGUGUAAUUAAGGCUUUUCUUUGAAGUGAUGAAUUUGACAAUUGUCCCUUUUUGCACCAAGUGAAUUCAAGAACUGCUGUCUGCAACUGGACAUAAUAAAGGUGCAUUAUCAAGUUCCUGUUCUUGAAAAUGCUUGCAGAGACUACAUCAACAGAUGGUAGUUAGUGUUGAAAACAGGAAUCUACAGUGUACUGUUGCACUACUUUUCCAGCACGAUGAAUUGCAGUGAAAAUAUUUCAUCACUCUGCAAAGAUAUUUCUUGAACUGGAAUGUAGUUCCACUGCACCAAAUCCUUCAGCUUCCAUGUUAGGUUGCAAACCAGGUUUACCAUAUGGACAGGAUGGAAUAUGUCAUUGGGUUCAAAUUGGAUAUAAGUAUAUUCAGGCAUAUUGACUUUAAUAUUGUGCUCAAAAUGAGACUGUUCAUCAUCAUUAUUAAAAAUCAUCACAAUUGUAUUCAUAUCAGGUACAUUAUACAUUCUUUGGUCAUUGUAUUGAUGUCUUACAAACACAUUUGCUCUAGGAAUUGGCUGAUUUUCACAAAUAGAUUUCUCAUUGUGUUCUGUCUUUACCUCACCCAAUUUUUUUACAGUGUAGCAAAGACAUUAUGUUGCCUUACCACUUAAUCAGUCAUGUUAAUUUUUUCAGCACAGCUUCCUCUGUUGGCUUCUUUUGUCAAACAUCCUAUAGCUUCUUCAAAGUCAGUCACAUACUGAUGUUCCAUUCCGUCGACUGGGUAUUUUCUCAUGUCUGUCCAUGCACACAAAACAAUAGGGACCAUGUGCAGACAGUUAAUUGAUUUUCACUCCCAUUUAAUCAAACACAAAUGAACUGCUAUAAGAUUUGAUGUUAUCAUUAACAUUUUUGUGAUGUGUUUGUGAACAAUUUUUGUAGCUCUUGAGGGUAGCCCGCCUAAUCAAGUUAAGUCUUUUCUUGUGGCAACAGUUGUUGAACCUGCCAUCAGAGGGUAUCUCAGCUAUGAAAUUUACAGAACCACAGUAAUGCUCAGUAACAGUGUCUAACCUAUGUGUCUUUGCAUACCGCAUUGUCUCUGCUUAUCAGCCAGUCUUUUGCUGCUUGUCUUUUGUGUUAUGCUACUUUCCCCACUUUAUUUCCUCUUGGGUGAGUGAAGCUCUGCAUCGUUGUUGACAUCUUUUCCUAACCUGUGCUUCCAUGUCUCAAGUGCCAGACUCACUUGUUGACUCAUUUUCAUUUCUUACUACCAGUCACUACCAUCAGAACUUUCUUUCUCCUCCGCACAUUACAGGGAUGGUGUACUCAUCAAACAUGACUGACAUUGGCUAUGAUAUUAGUAAAAGAUUGUAAGCUGAACAGUGCAAUAAAAUGUAUGAAGUCCUCUUCAGUUAAAAUUAAUUUCAGAAUAACUUUUAGUGGUCAUGUGGAAUUAUUUUCACAUUUAAUGUUCCAGGUUAUGGAUCUUUAUUUAUUCUGUCAUUUUUUCAUUGUUUGCAUUAACUAACUUCACAGAGCAGAAUAUUUCCUCAUAAAUUGUUAGACAUGUUAAGAACCCCCGCUUUAUCCUUUUAUGGAACCCAGAAUCCCAUUACUAUGUUUAUAAUAACCAAUUGUUGGACCCUGUCCUCUACCAGUUGAAACUAGUCUGCAGCCUCACAUCCAGUUUUAUCACAUUCAUUUUAAUGUUAAUUAUCAUUUGUGUCUAGAUCUUGCAAGUGAUCUCUUCCAAUCAUUAUCUGUGUCUGUAUUUUUAAGCCACUGUGAGAUUGAUUAGAGGUCGAGUUGAUUAACACUUAAUGCUGUUUGUGUUGGUCAUAUCAGUUUAUUAUUGUCAUUGUUCAGUUUAUCGCCAGAUGUGUCAGAAGAUGAUUUCACUUACAACUAGAACCGCUUUAUCAUUGUCAUAUUCAUUAAACAAUUAAUUACCAAAGUUAGUGUUCUCUGCCAGAUCAUUGGAAGUGUUUUUUUUUUUGCAGUUCUUUGGAUAUGUUGAAAUUGUACUUGGCAUGUGGACAGCAGCAAAUAACUUCUUUCUGUAUGCAGCAUAAACCUUAAUGGAAAGUACAGUUUAUAUGUCAUGCGUGAAAAGGAUUUCUGGUUACAUGUCUGUAUAUCCUGUUUGUAAUAUGUCAUGGUUCUUCAUUACCCUGUCUGAAUAUUUUGCAUGUCUAAUACUUCAGCAUGUUACUAUGUGUCAGUAAGCAAGACACUGGGUUGUGGCCUAAAUGCUGUUUUCCACACUAGUCAGAUCCGGCACAGUUUUUCUGUAUGCUUUACCCAUUUCUCAUUUCUGACAGUCAGUAUUUUGUGAAUUUGAUAUGUUCUUUGCAUACAUAUUGUGUAAGGUGCAGGCUCCCUUCUGGGUCAUUAUCACACUGUUAUCAAGAAUAAGUGGAAUACUGCCUUACAGAGGUACUCAUGGUAUCAGAAACCAGAAUUGCCAUUUAUUAACCUUGUGUUAGAAAUGAAAAUGUUCAAAUAAGGGAAUUUUACUUGUAACAUAAAAUGUUUGUGUUACAAAGAUCCAACUGAAACUUGUUUUUCAACUUGAAAUAAUGUUUUUAAGUUGCGAGUAAACUUAGGUAUGUACAUACUCUAAAAGUAGCAUUGUAGACAUCUUAAAGUUAUAUUUUUCUCUUAAAACAUUUACAAAUGAGAAAACAUUAAUUUCCAUCAAUGUUUAACAUGCAUAUUUGUUGACAUAAUGCCCUGUAGUUGCUCAACCAUUUUUGUGAAUGAGUGCAAUAUGUUCUAAAUAUAAUAUGUAAGGAGCAAACUGGCGUGUACACAGAUGACUGAAGUGCCACUUUAAUAUCAUACUACUUGGACUGAGUAGUAAAUAAGUGAUGAAUUACAUUUUAAUCAUGUUUUCAACUAUAGAGACAGUAAUAUUUCCUUCUUAAAGCCUAUGACCAACUGUUUUGUGACAGAUGCUGUUUAUAAAAAUAGUUCCUUCUUAAACAUUUAAAACUCAUAAUUUGUUUUUGCUGAAUUUCCAUUUGUAUCAGCAGGAUGAAAAGAGUACUACUUGAACAAGAUGAUGAUAAAAGUAAGCAGUAUAUUCUCUAUAUGAACUGUUUAAGUAGCAUCAACAAUGAAAAACUGUUGGUUUUCAAGUUUGUGGUACUGUCUGGGGAAUUGGUAACUUAAUUAUUUGUGAAGUAUUCUUACAUUUAUAAUGCAAUAUUUUUUUAUUGCAUGAACAUUGUGUGGGUUGUAAGAUUUGAGAUUUUUGCAGCAAUCUUCAUUAUGUGGAUUGUAUGUGAACAGCUCAUGAUGUUGAUGUUCAGAUGAUUAUACUGUCAGCCAAUUUACAUAUUUUAACCAUGCCAGAAGUUCUGAAUGUUGCAUAUCAUGAAGCAUAAUUAGUUUGUCUUCAUUCUAGGUCUUCUGUUUUGUAUCCUUAACUAGUGGUAUGACUGUUGAUUUAUAUGUUUGUAUUUGUAAUAUUGCUACACCCUUGGUGUAAAAUGCAGUAUUGUAUAUAGCUAGUGAUCUCAUGCUUGAGGCAUUUGAUACUUUCAGGCCUGCUUGAUAGUGUAGUAUAUGGCAGGGAUGAUAAGCUAUUUUACAACCUCAUGCCAGAGCUUCUGAGUAGUCUUGUGUGCCCAUAAAUUUUAGUAAGAUUUUUAGAAUCUUUAUUUCUGGUACAUUGUAAAUGUAUUUCAAAUAAAUUAUUACUAACUUAGGGAGAUGUCUGUUGUUAAAUCUUAGCUGCUAAUUCUCUUCGGUUAGGUUCAUAUCUGGUCCUCUUCUGAGUCACACACACAGCAUUGUUUUCAUUUCUAAAAUUAUAUUUCACGUAAAGUAAACUCUGACAAACAUGUAGAUGAAAAAAGGGUUAUUAAAAAAAUUAAAAUGCAAAAUGUAUCUGACAUUGUUUCUGUUAUUUUAUCUUCAACUUUAGUAUUUGUUUCAAACUCAGACCCUUCUAAAUGUUUGUUUCAUUUCUUCAGUAAACUAAGAUCCAUCACAGAACAGAAUGUAUUACAUUCUGUCUCCUCGGAAAAUAAAUUAAUUCCAACUUUGAUGAGUCCUAGAGAGUGAAUUCCUGGUAAAGAUACCAUGAUUCUCCUACACGAGACCUAUAUAAUUCUUAAAUCACAGACAUGAAUUUAUCGCAAUAAGAAGCCACUGUUUUGGACAAUUUUUUAUGGUGCCAUAUAGUUUAUAACAUAUUUACAUAUAAUACUGUGCUUUUAUUUAUUUUCAUCAAAGAGGGAUUCCUUUACUGUGCAGAAAGCUGUCUGAAAAGAAUUUUUUUUCUAACAGAUAUUAUGCUGGAAUGGCUUGCAUUAAAAUUCAUUCUUGUCCAUAAAAUACUCUACCCGUUAAUAAUGGUUUACAAUUCUUUUAUUUUCAUUGAAAGCCUGUCAUGUAUUACACUACGUAUUGUAUUAUGAAGACAUGAUCAUCCUGCACUUUUAAAG